UAACGACUGGGCUGUCACUUUUCCGGCAGUGUUUUACCUUCGCUUUACGGGACAUGCAGGCUCAACAAGCGUCCUGUUCCUACUGAGAAGACGCACCCCUUUAUCGCCGAGUGUGAGUGAGCAAGGGACCGCGGUUUGCAUCGACAGCACACUCUCCAGGGCACAGCAGAAUGCCGCCGCUGCUUUUACGUGCUUGAGACAGUGACACGGCACGGUGUGGCGGGGUGGAUGUUUGCGGCUCCGUUCUCCUGGGAGGGCGCGAGACUUUCUGACCGAACAUUUUCUUUUUCUUGUUCCAAAAUACCACGGAAACAUGUCUCUCGGAAACAACCCGCACAUCCUACUAGGCAGAAUUCGCUUUUUAAAUGAAUGUAUCGAAACCUUUCGAAACAGUAAGCCGCCGCCAGAGGCUUUGUGCUACGUUCCUAAAGAGGUCUGCUAUAAGGUGUGUAAAGACUCAUCGUCCACCGCCUCAUCGGCGGCGACGUCGGCGGCUUCAUCAGCUGGUAGUUGCAGUUCUGCUGGAAACACCCUGAUAUCCGUGUGGGAGAGCCCGACUAACUCUCUGCUGACCAAGAAGCUCUUCAGGUUCAACAUCGAGGCAAAGAAAGGGACAUGCAUCAAGGCGACGGGGGACCAGUACUGCAACAACUACGGCCUGUGGGUCAAACUAAACAAGGUACUUGCCGCUUCGAUUCUGGUCUGUAAACACACAGAGGGAGGAAGCAGACUUGUUCCUGUGGAGUCGCCAGAGAGAGUGCAAAGGCAGCAGCAGCUCUUUGGCUAUGACUUUAAGCCUUGUUCAAGGUGGGAUCAAGUUGUUGAUAGUAAAUAUUGUUUACACCUUGGCUCCAGACCAAAGGUUGCAGAGCAAGACGAGUCAGCUGUAAACAAAUUUAGAUAUAUUCCACCCACUUGGACUUUCGAGUGUGAUGAAGACCUGGUUCAUUUCUUUUAUGAUCACAUUGGCAAAGAAGAUGAGAAUCUGGGAAGUGUCAAGCAGUAUGUGGAAAGCAUUGAUGUCUCUUCUUGCUCGGAGGACCCAAACAGUGGUGCUUGGUGUCUAACAGAUGGAGACAAUGAUACAUACUGGGAGAGUGAUGGAGCCCAGGGACAGCACUGGAUACGUUUACAUAUGAAAAAAGGAACAGUUGUAAAAAAAUUGAUUCUGACAGUUGAUUCAACAGAUGACAACUAUUUGCCUAGGAGAAUCACUGUAUAUGGUGGAGAUGGAGACAACAUGAAGAAGCUCAGUGAUGUUGGUGUUGAUGAGAGUCUAAUUGGAGAUGUCUGUGUUUUAGAAGACAUGACUGGACAUAUGCCAAUCAUUGAAAUUCGAAUUGUUGAAUGCAAAGAUGAAGGGAUCGACGUAAGGAUCAGAGGUCUUAAAAUUAAAUCAUCAGGAGAGCGUGACCUGGGACUAAAUGCUGAUAUGUUCCAAUCCCCACAUCUAGUUCGAUAUCCACGAUUAGAAGGAACAGAUCCAGAUGUGCUUUACAGACGAGCGUUUGUUAUCAAGAGGUUUGCUUUUCUGCUGGAUGAAUUACUCCCACAUCUUGUUCCAGCUUGGGAUUAUACAUUGGGUACCUUUAAUCAGUUAAAGUAUGUCAAGCAGUUUUUGCUUUUAUCAAAAAGGCGUGCUGCCUUGAUUAUGCAGUGCCUGAAAAACUCUGAGACAAGCAAGCCAAAUUUCAUGCCAAGACUCUACAUAAACCGUCGUCUAGCAAUGGAACAUCGAGACAACCCAUCUCUUGAUCCCAGCUGUAAAAAUUCUGUUUUUAAUCAGGUGUAUGAGGGUCUGAAGCCUACUGAUAAAUAUGAAAAGACUCUUGAUUACAGAUGGCCUGUGCGGUAUGACCAGUGGUGGGAGUGCAAGUUUAUUUCAGAAGGAAUCAUUGACCAAGGUGGUGGUUUUCGGGACAGCCUAGCUGACAUGUCUGAGGAGCUAUGUCCAAGUUCUGCUGAGUGUCCUGUGCCUUUACCUUUUUUCUCUCGAACAUCUAACCAGUGUGCUGGAGAAGGACGAGAUCGGUAUGUCCCAAACCCCUCAUGCAAGGAGUUUCACAAAUGCGAGUGGAUUGGACAGCUAAUGGGAGCAGCGCUUAGGGGAAAGGAAUUUCUAGUACUGGCCCUGCCUGGAAUUGUGUGGAAAAGGUUGACAGGAGAAACAGUGAGCUGGAACAAGGAUUUCCCUGCAGUUGAUUCUGUUCUGGUAAAAUUGUUGGAGUCCAUGGAAAGCAUGGAUAAGGAAACCUUUGAGUUCAAGUUCGGUGAGGAGUUAACAUACACUACACAACUGAGUGAUGGAAGAGUGGUUGAUCUAAAGCCUGGAGGAGAGACUAUGGUAGUACAAUAUGAGGACCGAAAGGAAUUUAUCCAGUUGGUGCAGAAAGCACGACUAGAAGAAAGCUGUGAACAGAUUGCAGCAAUACAGCGUGGUCUAAUGAAGGUUGUCCCACAAGCUGUCCUUGACCUCUUGACUUGGCAGGAGUUGGAGAAGAAAGUAUGUGGAGACCCAGAAAUUACAGUUGAAGCCUUAAAGCGCUUGACACGAUAUGAAGAUUUGGGACAGACAGAUGCAAGAGUCCAGUAUCUCUGGGAGGCACUAACAAAUUUCACAAAUGAGGAUCGCAGUCGCUUCUUGAGAUUUGUGACAGGAAGAAGCCGUCUACCUGCUCCAAUCUAUAUAUUCCCUGACAAACAAGGAAAUGAGACCUCAGAUGCACUUCCUCAGUCAUCUACCUGCUCAAGCACUUUGUUUCUACCAAAUUACCCAAGUGCUAAAGUCUGCGAAGAGAAGCUUCGGUAUGCAGCAUACAAUUGUGUUGCAAUAGAUACGGAUAUGAGUCCCUGGGAGGAAUAAUCUCAUUUGGAUAGCUGCAAUGUCAAUUGUAUCAAAGUAUCAUCUGUUUUUUUAUGCACCUUCUGUAUUUAUAAAUCAAGAUAAGGAAUACCAAGCAUUGUUGCUAAUGAAACUUCUAUAUAUUGGAAACUGAA